GGGUUAGACGAUUUGAACCUGCUGUCAUCAGUAUGCUGCUACUGGAGCGCGCGGGUCUUCAUUGCGACCAUGCCCGGACUACUUCUCGGAGAUGUGUUUCCUAAUUUUGAGGCCGAAACCACUAACGGCAAAAUUAAAUUCCACGAUUUUUUGGGUGACUCCUGGGGUAUCCUGUUCUCCCACCCCCGUGACUACACCCCUGUCUGCACCACAGAGCUGGGCCGAGCAGCCAAACUCAGCGACGAGUUCAGCAGGCGCAACGUGAAGAUGAUCGCCCUGUCCAUUGACAGUCUAGAGGACCACCGUGGCUGGACCAAGGACAUCUUGGCCUACAACAAUGAGGAGUCUGGCUGUGCGUUCCCCUUCCCCAUCAUAGCAGACAAUCAGAGGGAGCUGGCAGUGGCCCUGGGCAUGCUGGACCCAGAUGAGAAGGACAAGGACGGCAUGCCCCUCACUGCCCGCUGUGUUUUUGUGAUUGGCCAAGACAAGAAGCUGAAGCUGUCCCUGCUCUACCCUGCCACAACGGGGCGUAACUUUGAUGAGAUCCUGAGAGUGGUCGACUCCCUGCAGCUCACAGCAAAGAACCGGGUGGCCACCCCUGCUGAUUGGCAGCCUGGCGAGCGUGUGAUGGUUCCUCCAAAUAUCCCCGAGGAGGAGGCAGCAGCCAUGUUCCCUGCAGGGGUCUACACCAAAGAGCUACCCUCAGAAAGGAAGUACCUGCGCUACACGCCUCAGCCAUGAGGGGCAGCAGAGGAUCACACCUAUAGUCACACAGCCUCCCACACAACCACAGAGGGAGAUGAUGAGGACAAUGAAAGGGAUUGCCAUUCUCUUUAGGAUGAUGAAAUGCUGGUCAUAUCAGAUUGACUGGUAGCAUUUUGCUGAUAAUAUGGUGUCAGGACGUGUUGCAUUUGUUGUAGUACUCGCAUGUUCAAAGACACAUAGCAGACAACUCAAUUUAUUGAGUUGAAUGUGCAGUUGUCAGGUUUAAGAUGUAUUAAAUACUUUGGACAGGUGUGCUGCCUUACUUCUCAUAGUGAGACGAUUAAUAAAACGCCUUCAACAGCAACACAGCCUUUUGUUUCACUUCAAUGUUACUUAUUGCAGUCAAUAAAGCAACCGUAACCCGACACCAUAAUUUGCAAAUAAAUUCAUUAAAAAUCCUACAAUGUGA